GCGAAAACGAAGCAACCCUGGCUGACAGCAGAGCAGAAGGAAAAGCAUCAUCAUCACGAGAGGAGGCUGCCAAGUCUAGAGAGAGCCAAAAAAAAGUGAAAAUUUCGUGAAAUUUCAAAAUUCCCCGUGGCAAUUCAGCGCUCGAGCUCGAGAAGCUCAAAUUUUGGAAGCGGAAGCGCUGCUGGUCGGUGACCGAGAAGCGUCUCAAAUUUGCCAGUGGCCGGAAAGGCAUGAGCGAUAACAAGUCCAAAAAGAACGAAACAAACAAGGAAAUCAUCACCAUGAGCGACGCUGCCGGAGUUUUGGACCGCUGGGUCGGCGAUGUGAGCAAGAAGUCGGCCACCAAACAGAUUCUCAUCGGUGCCGGAAGUGGAUGGGCAACCGGUUACAUCACGAUGAAGGUUGGCAAGGCGGCCGCAGUGGCCGUCGGCGGUGGCAUCAUUCUGCUGCAAAUUGCCAACCAGCAGGGGUACAUCACGAUAGAUUGGAACAAGAUUAAUAAGAAAGUCGACAAGGUAACGGACAAGGUCGAGGAGGCAGUCACCGGGCAGGGUCCGAGCUGGGCCGAUAAGGCCGAGCGUUUCGUGGACCGCAAGCUGAACCAGGCCGAGGACGCGCUGAAGCAAAAGUCCAAGAAGGCCAAAAAAUGGUACACCAACCUGAUCGGGGACGAGUCCGGCUGCAAGCUGAACGAUCUGCACGUGUUUGUGUGUGCCUUCGCUGCCGGCGUUGCGAUCGGCAUUGGAACCGCUUAGAAAUUUGAGCGCAAACAAAAAAAAAAAAAGAAAAUAACGCGGCGCAAUCUCGAACAAGAAAUAAUUAACACUAACACUGCUUUUCGUCGGCCGAUGCGAAGAACAAGUUGUUAUUAGGCGAAAAAGUGAACUAACCAAAUAAUCUAACGUCAUCUAUAUAGUGAAAAAGGAAAACACCUUUCGUGCUGCAUGGUUUUAAAAGGAAGAACAGUAGAGCGACACACCGAUUGGCUGCUAGUAGAUGGAUGAUUGAAACUAGAUUGAAACUUGUGAAACGAAACCAUUACCACUGAAAAAAGCGACGAGAUUUUGAUCUGUAAAAUUUUUGCUUCAUUGCUUUUAAAAUAGUCAACUGCUGUGAUUUUACACAACGGAUAUGAGUUUGUACUAUGUUAAAUAUCGAAUUUGCGUUAGACUUAAGAAAUCGUGGAGAGAAAUCUAACAAUCUUCUACUAUAAGACGGAAUGUACCAAUAGGAAAGCAGCAAUCAGUUUCAACAAUGCGCACAUUUUAAGCAUCUGACUUCAUCUGACCACGUUUUGUAUCCAGCAUUUCGCGCGCUGAAACAACAAAAUAGUCAUCACAGUAGCAUCAACAAAACUUCAGUUUAAAAUUUACUCGGUUCUGUACCAGAUUUAAGAUCUUUUCUAUGUUUCUCGUCUCGUGUAUAAGCAACAACUUAAUUGUAAUAGAGUUACAACAAAUGAAUAAUAACGGAUUUAUUGAAUGAA